CGUCAGUACGUGCUUUAGCCAGCCCGAAAAUGUUCUCUCGUGUUGUUGGGUUUCGAAGGAGCGCAGGACUUUGCGAUGAAAUAAUACAUGUUUACCCGUGAGGAAAACAAAAAUAAACCGCAUGUUUUUAAACUGAAGUUGUUCGCGUUCCCAUUGAGUGGAGAAACUGUGUUUCGGGGAGACUCCAACGGGAAGUUUGUGUGAUCGUUUUUCCCGGAGUGAUGUCGAAUCCUGGGACUCGGAGGAACGGGUCCAGCAUCAAAAUCCGACUGACAGUAUUAUGUGCCAAGAACCUCGCAAAGAAAGACUUCUUUCGCCUGCCAGAUCCAUUUGCCAAGGUUGUGGUGGACGGAUCGGGUCAAUGCCACUCAACAGACACAGUCAAGAGCACACUGGACCCCAAAUGGAAUCAGCACUACGACCUCUACAUUGGAAAGACAGACUCCAUAACCAUCAGUAUAUGGAACCACAAAAAGAUCCAUAAACGACAGGGGGCGGGUUUCCUGGGCUGCAUACGACUUCUUUCCAACGCCAUCAGCAGGCUAAAAGACACAGGAUACCAGCGUCUAGAUCUAUGUAAGUUGAACCCAUCGGAUAGUGACGCAGUUCGGGGGCAGAUUGUAGUGAGCUUACAGACACGAGACCGCAUUGGCAGCGGAGGCCCUGUGGUGGACUGCAGAGGACUGUUAGAAAACGAUGGGCCUGUGUUUGAGGGAUGUUUCAGCGAAGAGCCGCUGCCCUACUCCGACCCCACUGGUGCGGCGGGGGGCGGGAACUGUCGGCUUGACUCACCCAGCCAGGAGAACCGUCUUCAGACACAGCGGAUCAGAGGGCAGGACUCGAGAGGCCACGGCCACACCCCUCAGAACAGACCUCAUGGGCACCAACCGCCUGACCUGCCGGAGGGAUACGAGCAGCGAACGACAGUGCAGGGCCAGGUGUACUUUCUUCACACACAGACAGGUGUUAGCACCUGGCACGACCCUCGGAUACCACGGGACCUGGCCAGUGUGAGCUGCGAGGAGCUUGGGCCGCUGCCAGUGGGCUGGGAGGUCCGAAGCACCGUGUCAGGCCGGAUCUACUUUGUGGACCACAACAACCGAACCACACAGUUCACAGACCCGCGCCUACACACAAUUAUCAGCCAGCAAUCCCAAGCGAAGGAAUCCUCCCAAGCCCCCCAGAUGGAUGUGGGGGGUGAGGAGGUGGGAGGCGGGGGAGUGGGUGGAGGAGGAGGAGAUGGAGAUGUGGCAGCGCGCUACGAGAGAGACUUGGUCCAUAAGUUGAAGCUGCUCCGCCACGAACUGUCCCUGCAGCAGCCUCAAGCAGGACACUGUCGCAUAGAGGUCUCCCGAGAGGAGAUCUUUGAGGAGUCGUAUCGGCAGAUAAUGAAGAUGAGGCCCAAAGACCUGAAGAAGCGUCUGAUGGUGAAGUUCAGGGGAGAGGAGGGCCUGGACUAUGGUGGGGUAGCCAGGGAGUGGCUGUACCUGCUGUGUCAUGAAAUGUUGAACCCCUAUUACGGCCUGUUCCAGUACUCCACAGACAAUAUCUACACACUACAGAUCAACCCCGACUCCUCUAUCAACCCUGACCACCUGUCAUAUUUCCACUUUGUGGGUCGUGUGAUGGGCCUGGCAGUUUUUCAUGGUCACUACAUCAACGGGAGCUUCACGCUACCCUUCUACAAACAGCUGCUAGGCAAACCAAUCCAGCUCAAUGACCUGGAGACCACCGACCCGGAGUUGCACAAGAGCCUCGUCUGGAUAUUAGAGAACGACAUCACUUCAGUCCUUGACCACACAUUCUGCGUGGAGCACAAUGCCUUUGGGAAGUUCUUACAACAUGAACUCAAACCUAAUGGCCGCAAUAUCCCUGUCACAGAGGACAACAAAAAAGAAUAUGUGAGACUGUAUGUGAACUGGAGGUUUAUGCGUGGAAUUGAAGCCCAGUUUCUGGCUCUUCAGAAGGGAUUCAGUGAGCUCAUCCCCCAACACCUCCUCAAGCCUUUCGACCAUAAAGAACUAGAGUUGAUCAUCGGCGGACUUGGGAAGAUAGAUCUUGCAGACUGGAAGACUAACACCCGUCUGAAGCACUGCACAAGUGAAAGCAACGUGGUGCGGUGGUUCUGGCAGGCGGUGGAGGCCUUCAGUGAGGAGAGGAGAGGACGCCUCCUGCAGUUCGUCACAGGCUCCACCAGAGUCCCCUUACAGGGGUUCAAAGCGCUGCAGGGUUCUACAGGUUCUGCAGGACCAAGGCUCUUCACCAUCCAUUUGAUAGACGCCAACACAGACAACCUGCCCAAAGCUCACACGUGUUUUAACCGGAUAGACAUCCCUCCCUACGAGUCUUACGAGAAACUUUACGAGAAACUGCUGACGGCUGUGGAGGAGACCUGCGGCUUUGCUGUGGAGUGAUGACUCCACAACUAAACCAACAUACAUACAGUGACACUUGCGCUUGCACUUGCACACAACCUAUUUGACAUUUUACAUAUUUACACACACAUGAACAGAAUAUCAAGUAUGCGCAGAGUAUACGGAGUGGCCAAGCAUCACAAGGACACAUGCGGUCUCUUGCCACCUUCUUCACCACCGAACUGUUGGGGGGUUAAAGGAGGAAGCACAGCAGGAGGGGAAAAAACAGAAAAACAAACAAAAAAAAUAAAGUAUUUUAAAAUUUUUUCAGAUGUUUUGAAGAAGCAUUUUUAUCCUUCAGUUUUAACAAGCUAUGAUGUCAUUCUUCAGAAUGCCUACCGCCACAGCGAAUUCGACUCCCAACACACUUGAGUCUCCGGACAGAAUCAGCCAAUCACAUGCGAGCCUGCGAACAGAGACUUUGAAAAUCAGACAUGUGAAGAACGAGGCGGAGGCUGAUUUGUCUUUCUGUCUGACGAGCUGAUUGAUUGACUAGUAUUCAUGCUUCAUGUUUAACCACUGUCGUGUAUCAGAAUGUGUGCAUGUAGGUGUGUGUGUGUGUGAGUGCAUGUGAGACGGCGAUAGAGUGAGACUGUACUUUUGUGUGUCUGCGUGCGUGCGUGCGUGUGUGUCUGUGUCAGGCAUGGCACCCGGUUACGCUGUAAAAAUGAUCAAAAUGAGCCUGCUCCUCUGUUUUGACUUUUUGUCUCUUCCGUUUGUAUCUGCGACCACUCUGAUCCACUCUGAUAUUUUAUUAUUUAUUACUAAGUGAUUACUGACCAAGCUGCUAUAUGCUCUACAAAGAGCCCACACUAAUCUCUUCACCACCCCCUCUACCAGAGUUGAAGGGUCAAUUCACUUGCAAUUCAAGUAAUCCACAAAGUGGGUUUUAUUGAAUUUUGUUACAUUUUUUUUAACAUUCAUAUUAUUGCGGAGAAAUAUGUUUUUGUCAGUGUAUGAGAACUGUUAGUGUUUUGGUGUUUUAAAUACCAUGUUACAUUUAUUUGAUGUGAAAGGGAUUGAUCUUCCCAGCCCUAAUUUUAAAAUCUUAACUCUACUGACGGUAUGGAGAGGUCCAAAGGGCAUGACCUGGAUAUUUAACAAAAUGAGCCAUGGGGACUGAAAGAUGGAGUCAGUUUCAGGAAUUAUUGGGUUGUAUGUGACAUGUAUAAUAAAAUCUCAUAAGCCUUUCAUACAUGUUUCAUCAUCCAUUUCACCAUCUUCUUUUUUUUUUUCUUUGUGGCCCUGAUGUUUCUCUGCCAAUCUCUUUUUCUCCAUAGCCUGAAUGUUAGAAAAAGUAGUCAUCGUCCUCAAGACCACCAUGAAUGAACAAAGUCAUUAAUCCUCCAUAGAAGUGAAUGAAAUCAAAAACCUAAAUGUUGAGUGAGUAAUGUGGAAAAAGUUGGGAUCUGUUGUAGAUUGAAUAUUAAAGACUGUUAAGCAGUACUAUUUCAAUCUGCAUUUUCUAGGUUCUAAGUUCACUGUGUAAUGGAUGCAAGAGUAUUGUAACUUACUAUGUACUAAACAUUUAUGAAAAAAUACAAUGUAAAUAAGAUUAUAUUAAAAGAAAUUAAAUUGAAAAUACA